AUGGCGGCAAUCCACUCCCGCCUCCGUUUCCCCACCUCACUUUGCCCCGUAUCCCGCCCCUUCCUCACUUCUUUCUACUGUUCCUCUCCCGAAGUCUCACAGCCUCUCAUCCACGAUGAAGAAUCGGACUCCAAUGACGAAGAACCAACUCUAUCACCGUUCCCCGUCCCCGCCGCUCUCUCCCCUGAAGAAUCCACCGCAGUCGACAAAUUCCAUUCCCUAAUCAAAGACCACUACCGCAACAACCCGAAUCCAAACCCUACAUCCUGCGUCCCAAAUUUCACCAUCCCAUCUCUCUCCCUCGACUUCUCCCAGCUUUCCGGUGACACCAUCACACCUGCCUUCGUCCGGCGGGUCAUCGAGAAGUGCGGUGGCGUCCGCCACGGCAUCCCACUCCUCCAAACCCUAGCUUUCUUCAACUGGGCAACGGCUCGGGACGAAUUCCCUCUCUCCCCCGAACCCUACAACGAGAUGGUCGAUCUCGCCGGAAAGGUAAGGCUAUUCGACCUUGCUUGGAACAUAAUCGAUCUAAUGAAACAGAGAUCCGUCGAUAUCAGCAUCGAAACGUUCUCGAUUCUCUUCCGCCGCUACAUCCGCGCCGGAAUGGCCGCGGAAGCCGUUCACGCUUUCAAUCGAAUGGAGGAUUACAACUGCAAGCCUGACAAAAUCGCCUUCUCGAUUGUAAUCAGUAAUCUCUGCAAGAAGAGAAGAGCGGCCGAAGCCGAAGCCUUCUUCGACGGUUUGAAGUCCAAAUUCGAGCCUGACGUCAUCAUCUACACCAACUUAAUCCACGGGUGGUGUCGCGCCGGAAACCUGCCGGAGGCCGAGAGGGUGUUCAGUGAGAUGAAGACCGCUGGCAUUCAACCUAAUGUCUACACUUACAGCAUCGUGAUCGAUUCGCUCUGUAGAUGUGGGCAGAGCACACGAGCUUUUGAUGUGUUCGCAGAGAUGGUCGAUUCUGGGUGCCAGCCGAAUUCGGUAACGUUCAACAAUCUAAUGAGAGCACAUGUGAAAGCUGGUAGAACAGAGAAAGUUCUGCAGGUGUACAAUCAAAUGAGGAAGCUGAAUUGCGAGCCCGAUACAGUUACGUAUAACUUCCUGAUCGAGACUCAUUGCAAGGAAGAUAAUCUCGAUGCAGCGAUGAAGGUUCUGAAUUCCAUGAUACGCAGCGGUUGUACCACAAAUGCAUCUACUUUCAAUACCUUAUUCGGUUGCAUUGCGAAGCUACGGGAUGUGAAUGGUGCUCACAGGUUGUAUGCUAAGAUGAAGGAGGUGAAAUGUAGGCCGAACACCGUGACCUACAAUACCUUAAUGAGGAUGUUCGUGGAGUCGAAGUCGACGGAUAUGGUUCUGAAGAUGAAGAAGGAGAUGGAUGAGGGUGAAGUCGAGUCGAAUGUUAAUACGUACCGGAUUUUGAUCGGGAUGUAUUGUGGGAUGGGGCAUUGGAACAAUGCUUACAAGUUCUUCAAGGAAAUGAUUGAGGAGAAAGGGUUGAAACCGAGUCAGAACGUCUAUGAAAUGGUUCUCCAGCAGCUGAGGAAAGCUGGGCAGUUGAAGAAGCAUGAAGAGCUGGUUGAGAAGAUGGUUCAUCGAGGAUUCGCCGCUCGUCCAUUGUAG